GAAGAGACGAGCGGAGCCACCUAGUGGUCAGAGGAGACAAGGCAGGGCGUCCGUCCGUCUUUCAGUCCGUCGAGGUCCCCCGCCGCCCGGAAUGAGAGCCAUGGGCGCUGCAGGGCUCUCCGGCAGGAUCCUACCAGUGGGGGGCUUGGCUUAUCUGCUCCUCUUCGCCACCCUUUCCGUUUCGCCCUCGCUCGAAGGACCCAUCCGGCUCCGGGAAAAUCUCUGGGCUACAGGGCACUUUAUGGGGAAGAAGAGUACCUUGAGCUCUUCUCAUGUACAGUCAACAUCCCUGGAAAAAGCAGAUCCCAACAACACCCCCAAGGCUUUCAGUCCAGUGCUGACCGGUGUCUUGGAGGACAUGAAAGACCUGCUGACGAGAGAAUUUCUUAAAAUCCUCCUGCAAGAGAGGCUAUUGGAGGAGAACAGAGGGAAGCAUGAUCUCAAGGACCAGGAACCACCUUCAUUCAUAAAGUUCCUGGGAAAAUACAUUUAAGGAGAAUGAACUGAGGAAAACGCCAUGGACUAUUGGGAAAGAGGGAGCUGCUUAAAGGGCUGUGAAAGCAUCAAGAAUGCCAUAAUCAUGGUGUAAAGUAUCAGAUUUAUAACUGUAACCCUAAUAUUGACCCCCUCUCUGAAGAACCAAGUAUUGACUGUAUAGAAAAUUCCUGCCAAUUCCCUGUACUACGGCAGCUGAU